CCAGAAUUGGGCGUGUUUCGUUCGUUCAACAGUUUUAAUUUAAUUUUCUGUAUUUUCUGUGUUUUCUGUACAAGUUUAUGUGUUAACGAACAAUGAAGAACCUCAACGUUGUGCUGUACUUUGGUACAGUUGCAAUAUAUUUCUUUUCUCUUUGUUCAGGACAAUAUUAUUUCGAGGAAGAGAAGGUAGUCAAGAGCAACAUCGUGUGGUGCGCGACGAGCUUGGAGGAAGUCUACAAAUGCCAGAAUUUCACCAAAGCCCUAGAACGCGAUGUGGCUCUUUUCAAUGAUUACUUCCUGAACGUUACCUGCCACCACGGGUAUGACCACGAUGAAUGUAUGACGCUGAUCAACGAUCGGAAGGCCGACGUGAUGACGCUGGACGCCGGAGAAGUAUUCAGUGGCGGUCGAUUCCACUCGCUGAUACCUCUCAUGCAGGAAGGCUACGAAGGUGGCUUUACUCAGUUCCAUGCAGUGGCGGUCAUCAAGAAAGGUUCGCUUCAAGAUGUCACCAACUUAAGGCACCUGCGAGGCAAGAAAGCCUGCUUUGCCUGGGUGGGCAGUCAAGCAGGCUGGACUAUCCCGAUUCAUACGCUGCAACGCGAAGGAGGAAUGGUUAUCACCGAUUGCAACAACAUUGUCAAAACGGCGACCGACUUUUUUGGACCUUCUUGUGCCGUUAAUUCGUUGAUAGACAAGUACAAUCCCAUCGGAGAUAAUUCAAACAAUCUAUGCUCGCUGUGCACUGGAGUGGUGCCAGGUGGCAAGUGUACUCCUACCGACCCGUACGCUGGUUAUGAAGGAGCUUUUCGCUGUCUUGUUGAAGCCGGAGAUAUUGCGUUCGUCAAGCACACGACCGUGCAGGAAAUGGUAGACAGUGGCUUCAUACCCGGUGUAACCGUGGAUCAGUUUGAGCUAUUAUGCAGAGAUGGAUCCCGCCAGCCAAUCUCCCAGUAUCGCCAGUGUGAAUGGAGCAGCGUACCAUCUCAUGCGAUGGUUGUUUCAAGUGCUACCACGAAAUCUGAAAGACGAAGAAUUAAAAAGUUCUUUACGCAAGCGGUCAAUUUGUACGGAUCGAAGCAACGACGAAACAAUGCCACCUCGAUCUACGAUCGGCCGAAUGAUCAAUACAAUCCUUACCAGAGCCGUUUCACCACCGCUUCGACAACCACAUAUUCACCGUACAACGAUGCUUUGGAACGCAACGAGACGCAACCGUACGAGUCGUUUGAUUUGUUUGAAUCGAAGCGGUAUGGCAGACGCCUCAAUCUUAUGUUUGAAGACACAGCCCGUCACCUGGUCCCGAUCGACGAUGAUAAGCAAAAUUAUCAAAAGUUUCUCGGCAAAUCUCUAGAGCAAAUUUACGACACCAAAACCUGCCCCGUUGGCCGCAUGAUGCUGUGCGUGACAUCUGACGCAGAGUACGAAAAGUGUAUUAAAAUGCGUACCGCCCUGAAAUCACAAUUGAUCAAACCAGAUAUGUUGUGUUUAAAAGCACAUUCUCACAUUACCUGUAUGCAGCACAUCCAAUCGGGUACAGCCGAUGUAGCCGUAUUUGAUGCCAGCGACGUUUACACCGCCGGACUGCACUAUGAUCUAAUGCCCUUCAUGUCGGAGGUUUAUGAUCUCGGCCUGCCAGAGUAUUACGUAGUGGCCGUUGCGAAGGAAGAAGAUCCGGACACGGAACUCACCUACCUACGAGGAAAAUACACGUGCCAUUCAGGUAUUAAUACGGCGGCCGGAUGGGUCUACCCGAUGGCCUAUCUAAUAUCCAAUGGUUGGAUUCGACCAUACGGUUGCGAUAGUAUUCGGGCGGCUGCAGAAUAUUUUACUAAAUCAUGCGUUCCCGGUGCGAUAAGCAAGGAGUACAAUACGGGCAUUCCUUACGAUAACAUGUGCGAUCUGUGUCACGGAAAUAGCUUCCGCUACUGUCGGCGCGAUGCAUCAGAGGAUUACUAUGGCAAUACGGGUGCUUUCCGCUGUUUGGUGGAAGGAGGCGGACACGUUGCAUUUGUACGGCACACAACCGUUAUAGAAAACACUGGCGGAAAGAAAAAAGAAUGGUGGGCCCGGGAUGCCUUCCCAGAUGACUACGAGCUGCUCUGCCCCGAUGGUACGCGUGCAGAGGUGAACGAAUACAAAAAGUGCAACUUGGGUGUGGUCAAAGCGAAUGCAAUCGUGGCUCGUGGUGGACGAGGAUAUAACGGCACGGAAAUGAGCGCUUAUAUCAAUCUCUUUACCUACGCUCAACAGUUUUACGGAAGAAAGUUCUCUGAUGAAUUCAGUUUCAGCAUGUUCUACUCGCCUCCCCCUUAUCAUGACCUUAUUUUCUCAGACGCCACCAGAGGCUUACGGGUGGUUGAUUCAGACAAGCGAUGGUUCGAUGCAUAUCUAGGACCGAACUUUUUACGUGCACGUCGCAUCACGGACUGUCAUGCUGGUGCUGUGGCUUUGAAAAUAAGUGCCUUAUAUAGCGCAUUGCUAUGCGUAGGAGCAUGGUCCUUGUAUAGGAAUAUUAUGUAGGAAUUCAACGAUUCUAAACUCGAUAAGAACAGAUCCGUCCAAUAGAGAUCAUACAUACGCAACAGAUCCGUCCGAAAAGAGAUCAUGAAUGUAUGCUGUUAUUAUACGAUAAGCCAAGAAAAGAAUCUCUUAAGUAUUCUUGUAACAUUCCAUUUUUUCGCCGUUGUAAUUUUAACCAUUUACAUUUUUUGCAUUCAUACGGAUAAGCAGUAGUUGUCACGAAUAAUGGAAUGCUUAUCGUUCAGCGAAUCAAAGUGCAGCUUACAAAACCCUCAUCAAUUUACGUGUAAAUUGUUUAGGCAGUAUAGUACAAUAUUGAUAGCACACAUUGCCAGGAGUUACAUUUUUUUAUAGUGCAAAGGUUGACCGAAUUGACGAAUAUGACGAUUGAAUAAAUUCUACAUGAUUUUAAU